AUGAUCAGCACUGAAAAGAAAAUACAACGGCUGAAAGAUCAGUUGGCUGAGCUGCGUUCAAUAUCUGAAAAUCUUGAUCCGACAAAUCUCAUCGCCCAGCUGGAGGAUGAUAUAGCAACAAAUACCUAUCUGCUAGAAGUGAAGCUUAGUGCAGAACGUGAACAAAAACGCCAAGUGCUCAACGAGCUUGCCAGAGUGUCGAAUAUGCCAGCGAUUGAGCAAGCUGACAUCAACAGAUUACAAGCAGAGUUGGAAGCAAAAACAAACGAGAUUAUGGAACUUGAAAAGGAGAGAGACAAAGAUGAGGAAAGUACGGAUGAAAAUUUCAGGCGAGUCGUUAGAUUUUCUGAAGUUAUUCAAAACGAAGAUUUCUACAGAAAAUUGUUUGCCUCAUGA